UUGUUUGACUGUCCAAGUGAGCCGCGCAUGCGCAACUUUGGUGCGUCACUCCUCCGACUUACCGUAGAAAGCGAACGUCUUCUGGAUGAAAUGUCAUAUGUCAAAGUGGUGUCGCUGUUUUCCGCAGCCUCAGGUGUGACGGCUCUGCUGUGUGGCUCGACUCUAGCUGCUGCAGGAGAGGGAGAGAAGAGCUCAGCACCUGUCCUGAGCCUGGAUGAGCUGCCGUCGUUAUACACCAGCCCUGAAGUAGAGGCUAAGUACGCGGAGCCUGAUGCGGGACAGUUGCAGGAGAGUGUCUCAUCACUGAGGAAAUGGGCAGAACCGUACACCGACCAGUGUCAGCAAACAGGACAAGCUGCAAUGGAGAAAGUCGAUCGAGUGUACAGGACUGUGGAGCCCACAAUCACCACGUCCAUCACAACAGUCACAGAUGUGUACCAGUUCCUCAGUGACCCUCCUCCUGAUCUUUACCCCAGUGUAGCUGUGGUAGGCUUCUCUGGCUUCCUGGGACUCUAUUUGGCCAAAGGCUCUAAGGUGAAGCGGUUGGUGUUUCCUGUGGGCCUGAUGGCUCUGAGUGCCUCCAUGUUUUACCCUCAACAAGCUGCGUCCUUAUUUAAGCUGAGUCGGGAUUCGGCGUACAGCUGGGCUCAGCAGGGCCGAGCGAGCGUAGAGACUCUUUGGAAAGAUCCACCUUUUGGGAAGAAGAAGAAGAAAGAGCGAUCAGAGAGCAACGACACGAGCAGCUGAGAAGACAAGAACGCACACGGAGACGUUCACCUUCCAGUGACACACACUCACACCUGUACAGGAAGGGUUUCAUUUACAAGUAUCCACAAAACAGGACUUUAAAAGUCAUAUAUCCCAGAAACACAAUGAUCUACGUGUAUUGAAUGUUUUUGAAAAUCCUUCUUUCUCCUUCUGAGUCAUUCCUCAAUACCACCGCCUGUUCCCUGUAACAGGUUUAGUUAUUUUCUAGUCCGUGUUCCAGUGAGACAGCUUUCUGAAUCUGCUUCUUUAAACAGUCCUCAGCUCUGCUCCUUCUCUGUAAUCACUAACUUCCUCCUUUGUUUACCUCAGCUCUCUUGAUUCUGAUUGGCUAAAAAAGUCAAGUUUUGGUGGUGUUAGCAUCAAAACAUCCAUAUCAUCAAACCUGCCAACGGCAAAUCCUGUUGCUUUAUUUUGAAAAGCUGCACAACAUAAUCCCGAGGACUGCCACAGAGACACGUGGAACAUUAAAACCAUCCAGUGAGUGAGUGAGAGCUGAAUUAAGUGAAUCAGCAGAAAUGCUUCACACUUCUCUUGUGUGAUAGAAUAAACUUAACGUUUCUAGAUUUCAGAUUGUUUAAAGCACUUAGAGUUAUCACCUUGGACUCUGAUGAACUGGGAUGGACUUUUUGAAUCAUUUUCUGACUUGUUAUGGACCAAACAGUAAAUAGACCACGAGUUAAAACAGUUUUUAUUUUAUUAUUUGAAGCUUGAAUUGUAAUAUAGAACAGGGAUAAAAUGUGAUAAUUUAAGGCAUCUAAGAGUUAAUUUAUUGUUUAGAUUUGUCGAAUAUUUUUGUCUGCAUAAUAUACAGAUUUUACUUUUCCUCUAAGCCUUUUCUUUUUAAAUGAAGUGCCAUUUUUAUCAGCAAAAUAACCCGACACCAAGACAGCUGCCGCAAGAUAAUGUGUCUGCUUCUGUCUCUUAUCUUCGUGUGUUGUUUCCAA